GGGCUUCCACUGCCUCUAUCCUUCACAGCUCUUAAGUCAACAAACCUGCUGCUUUCUCAUCUUGACCACCGGCUCUAUCUCAACUAAGAAACCAAAGAUGUCUGGCAUCAUGAAGGUGUUUCUGCUCCUGGCCGUUGCAGUCUGCAUCUCUAAAGCUCAGCUGAAUGAACCAGGACAGAGCUGUCUUUGUCAGCGUGUCAGAAACGGCGUCUUCUCAAAGGCUGACAUAAGGGACAUCCAGAUUUACCCUGCUUCUAUCUUCUGUGACAAAGUAGAGAUUGUUGUGACCAGUGCAAACGGCCGCUACUGUCUGAACCCUGAACUUCAAAUUGUGAAAAAGAUGCUUACCAGAGUCUUAAGGAGAAAGGCCGCCUCCACUUCCAAGCCCACCAGUCUCAGCAACAGCUCAGUCAGCAGCAGAACCACAGCUCAGAUCUGAUUCUUCACGAUGA